CACCAUAUUGUUUCUUGUUUUACAUUUUGUUACUUUUAAUAUAGAAAAAAAUGAAUCCUGAAUACGACUAUUUGUUCAAGCUUUUACUCAUUGGUGACUCUGGUGUAGGAAAGUCCUGUCUCUUAUUACGUUUUGCUGAUGAUACUUAUACCGAAAGUUAUAUCUCUACCAUUGGUGUUGACUUUAAAAUUAGAACAAUUGAACUUGAAGGAAAGACGGUCAAGUUGCAAAUUUGGGAUACUGCUGGUCAAGAACGUUUCCGUACCAUCACUUCAUCUUAUUAUAGAGGUGCUCACGGCAUCAUCGUUGUCUACGAUGUUACAGACCAAGAUUCUUUCAAUAACGUUAAACAAUGGUUACAAGAAAUUGAUCGUUAUGCCGCUGAAGGUGUUAACAAAUUAUUAGUUGGUAACAAGAGUGAUUUAGUUGAUAAAAAGGUUGUUGAAACCGAGCAAGCUAAGGAAUUUGCUGAUGGUCUUCAUAUUCCUCUUUUGGAAACCUCUGCUAAGGAUGCCACUAACGUUGAACAAGCUUUCUUAACAAUGGCUAAACAAAUUAAAGAUAGAAUGGGCUCAACCAUGCAGCAACAACAGCAACAGAAGUCUACUGUCAAGGUUGGCCAAGGUGCUGCUGUUCAACCUCAACAAUCUAGUGGUUGUUGUUAAACUUACUUUGGCUCUAUCAUUAUCUUAUUCGUACAUUGUGGAAAAGCAGUAGAAAGUAACCAUCUUCUGAUUUUUUUUUUUCCAUAAACAUAUAAAUCAUAUCGACAACACAUAAUCUAUUUUCAAACCCUUCCCCUUUUUCUCUGUUUCUUAUCCUAAUCCACAUAGUUCUACCAACUCUCAAAUCUUAUAUCAUAAAAUAUAUAUAAUAAACCUUUCUAUAGGGUGGUAUUGAUAUAGUGGUUCAAUUUAUUCUUGCUAUUGUCGAACCAUAGCUAUAAGAUUGGUCGAGCAAUGUUUGACAAAAAUAGCUUACAAAUGCUCAGAAGGACGAACAAUGACCAAAAAAAAAAAAACCAAAAAAAAACCAAAAAAC